AUGCAGCUCCUCGCCCCUGUUCUCUUCGUCACGGCCACCUUGGCCGCCGCCAGCACAGAGCAACAGCCCUUCCGCAGACAGGUCGGUUCCAACUCGACGCUCGUUGUCGUGCAAGCGGCUGAGACUGGUGCCUUCCGCGCAGGCGCCCUCCUCCCAACAGACGGCCUCGGCGCCGGCCGCUUCGCAGGUGACAGCGGAUCUGGCUUCUUCGAGGUCUCGGGCGCGCCCAGCUCAACAUUCACCGCAAUUGGAGGGUUGCUGGGCGUGGUUGGUGCUGUGGUAGGCGGUGUUAUGCUGCUCUAAACCUACCCGAUCAGCACAUGUCACCACAACCUCCUAUUUGGUACCGCUACUUGCCCUCCCUCUCACAAAAAGUAGCUCGCCUCUCCCUCCCCCUGACCCCUGACACAUGACCAUCAUCACCCUCCCCGCACAUGGCCCAUCCCAAAUCUCAUCUCCCCGUCGCCACGUGUCCCCGAGCACUCUCGGGCUUCCAUUCUCCAAAACAAUCAAAACGAGCGAACACGAACGGACUUUGAUCCGUUCCGUCCCCCCUUCUCUAUCUCACGCGGGCGGCGGACGGAGCGGAAACGGGGCUCGGUACUUCGGCUUUAGCUCGUCAUGGAUUGAUUGUGUGUGGCCUAUUGUUUUGUCUGUUGUUCAUUGCCGUUCUUUGUUGUACGGGUCCCCAAUCCCCGGGUUUGGUCGCCGGUGAGGGAAGGGAGCGGGAACUUGCCGUUGAUUAUUGUGUGACUCUUCGGGUAUCUCCGAGGCUUGCUUUUUAGAGAAGGGGGUUGUUUUAUUUUUUUUAUUUUUUAUUUAUUUUUUUAUUUAUUUUUUAUUUUUAGAUUUGCUGUGGCUUCUGUUAGUGAGGAAAACAAUCAGUGUCUGUCUGGGAUUGGAGUUCGGGGCUU